AUGAACAUCACAGAGUAUCAGCAAAUUGCAACAGUUCAGUACUGCUUUCCUGACAACAACUCAUCAUGCAGAAAGGAGGUCCAAACAGGCACUGGGAAUAUAUUUUUAUUCACUCUCCUUUCAUGUAUCUCUGUAUGCACUGUGUGUUUGAACCUGCUGGUGAUCAUCUCCAUCUCUCACUUCAAGCAACUCCACAGUCCAACAAACCUACUUGUCCUCUCUCUGGCUGUGGCUGAUCUUCUUGUAGGACUGAUUGUUAUGCCAGUGAAGAUAAUGGAACUGAUAGACAACUGUUGGUAUUUUGGUGAAAUAGCAUGUACUAUUGUCUUGGUGAUCAAUUCUCUCUCAUUGUCAACAUCUCUCUGUAGCAUGGUUUUCAUUGCAGUUGAUCGGUACAUUGCUGUUAAUGACCCUCUGAUUUAUUCCACUAAAAUCACUGUUUGUAAAACCUCUUUAAUCAUAAUUCUAGGCUGGUCAUUUUCUCUGUUGUAUGUCAUCAUCUAUUUGCACUUUAAUGACAGUCUGCUUCAGUCACAGAUUGGGAGUAGAUGCCUUGGAGAAUGUAUACUGUUUGUAAUACAUUUGUGGGUGAUUAUUGACCUUGUAGUUUUUUUUAUAGCCCCAUGCUGCACGAUAUUGGUAUUGUAUUCAUUCAUUUUUAAUGUGGCAAGAUUUCAAGCUAAAGCUGUGAGAGCUGUGUUGAAUAGUACCUCAAGCAAACAUGGAGACAAUGUUUCAAACUCCUCUGAAAUCAAAGCAGCAAAAACACUGGGCAUUGUUGUUUGUGUUUAUCUUGCUUGCUGGAUACCUUUUUAUUUAAGUUCCCUUUCAUCGGACAACAUAUCCACUUUGUCACUGGUGUGGACUAUGCUGGGAUGGCUAGCAUACAUGAAUUCCUCUGUGAAUCCCCUAAUAUAUGCUAUAUUUUAUCCAUGGUUUAAAGCAUCAACUAAGUAUAUUGUAACUUGUAAAAUAUUCGAAUCCUCAUCUUCAAGGUAUAAUUUGUUUAGAGAGCAUUUUUAA